UUAGCUAAAAACCAAUAGCUGCUUUAACUUUAUGCAAUGGAAAUGAAUUCCUUAUGUUUCUCUCUCUCUCUACCAAUCUUUAUUCCUUAUAUUCUAGGCAGCUUCCAUAUAUAGUGAGCAUCACUACAAAUUCAGCAUAUGCUCUGAUUUCAAUCUUCAUUAAAAUUCAGAAGUAGAAAAAAUAUUAAUCUUCACUCAUUUCUUCUUUUUAGCUCCUUUAAGCAAUAAGUUCUAGUUUCAGGAUGCAUUGUUCACAAUGGUUGCAGUUUCUAGUUAGUGUGCUUAUGUUGUUGAUAGUAAAUGGUUUUCAAGUUCCAAUAACAUAUGUUCAAGAUGCAGUUGCAAAAGGAGGUGUCUGCUUGGAUGGAAGUCCACCAGCUUACCAUUUUGACAAGGGCUUCGGUGCUGGUAUUCAUAACUGGUUGAUUCAUAUGGAGGGAGGAGCAUGGUGCAAUAAUGCAACGACUUGCCUAGAGCGUACGAAAACUCGAUUAGGCUCAUCAAAGCUAAUGACAAAACAAUAUACUUUCUCAGGGAUACUAAGCAACCAGGCAAAGUACAGUCCUGACUUCUAUAAUUGGAAUCGAAUUAAAGUUCGAUACUGUGAUGGAUCAUCUUUCACUGGAGAUGUUGAAGCUGUUGAUCCAAAGGCUAAAGUAUACUACAGAGGAGCUCGACUUUGGAGAGCAAUUAUGGAUGAUUUAUUAGCGAAAGGAAUGAAGAAUGCUGAGAAUGCAAUAUUGGCUGGAUGUUCAGCUGGUGGACUUGGUGCUAUACUACAAUGUGAUAACUUUCGGGCUUUACUACCUUCUGGUGCCAAAGUAAAAUGUCUAUCUGAUGCCGGUUUCUUCAUUAAUGCUAAGGAUAUCUCUGGAGUAUCACACAUCCAAGAAGUUUUUGCUGAUGUUGUGACUACACAUGGAUCUGCAAAAAACUUGCCCCCAUCCUGUACCUCAAAGUUCGAUCCUAAACUCUGCUUCUUCCCUGAAUAUGCUGCAAGGGGAAUCCAAACACCGUUGUUUCUAUUGAAUGCAGCCUAUGACGCAUGGCAGAUAAAGAAUACUUUGGCACCAGGUGUUGCAGAUCGUCAUGGGACAUGGCACGAUUGCAAGUCUGACAUAAUCAAGUGUUCCAACAGUCAGAUCCAAAUAAUGCAUGGCUUUAGGCAAGACUUCUUGGCCGCAUUAUCAUCCCUUGGCAACUCAAACUCUAGAGGGUUUUACAUCAACUCUUGCUACAGCCAUUGCCAAUCAGGAACUCAAGAGACAUGGCUAAGGGAUGACUCGCCUUUGCUAGACAACACGACUAUUUGCAAGGCUGUGGGUGACUGGUUCUAUGACCGAAAACCCUUUCAGAAGAUCGAUUGCCCUUACCCUUGUAACAAAACUUGUCACAACCGCGUAUUCGAAUAAUUUAUGAAGGAUUUCUCUCCUUUUGGAUUCAACUCUAUGAACCAGCAAAAUAUACAAAAUACGGCAUAUUCAUCAAGUGUAUGAAUAAGUCUCAAUUAUCAUGUACCAAGUUAUUGUGUUUAUUCCCACUAUUUGGGUUAUAUCUAAUUAAUGAAGUUAAUAAGUGAAUUUUCUAUGUAACAAUAAACUGAAAUCAUCAUUCAUGUACUAAUACAUUUGGAUUAUAUGAAAAUGUAGAUCUAACUGUAUGUGAAGUAUAGAUCCUUUGUGAUUUGUGAAUCACCACUGACAAAA